GAGGCCGUUCGCCAUGAGCUUGGCUUAUCCGCUCUUCCGCCUCCCGGGCCGCUGCUCCCUCGCGGCGGCGGCACUCGCGUCGUCGUCUCCGCUUCCCGUGUCCGUGACCUUAUCGGCUUCGGCUUCCGCGGAUGGGGGUGGAGGUGGUGGGGGCGAGCUGACGGCGCGGGAGAGGCGGCUGCAGAGGAAGGAGCGGCGGGAGCUGCGGGCGACGGACUGGAAGGAGGAGGUGCAGGAACGGCUGAUCCACGAGCCGGCGCGGCGGCGGAAGAAGCCGCCGAAGAGGUCGUGGCGGGAGGAGCUCAACCUCGACCUCCUCGCCGAGCUGGGGCCGCAGUGGUGGCUCGUGCGCGUCUCCAUGGCGCCCGGCACCGACUACGUCGACCUCCUCACCAAGGCCAUCUCACGACGCUUCCCCGAAGUCGCCUUCAAGAUUUAUAAUCCAUCCAUCCAAGUCAAGAGGAGAUUGAAGAGUGGCACAAUCAGUGUCAAAUCGAAGCCUUUGCAUCCUGGGCUGGUCUUUUUGCAUUGCACCUUAAACAAGGAGCUACAUGACUUCAUCAGGGACACCGAAGGUUGUUAUGGCUUUAUUGGGGCUACAGUUGGUUCAAUCAAGAGGCAGAUUAAAAAGCCAAAACCAAUUCCAAUUGAAGAAGUCGAAUCGAUUAUCAGAGAAGAAAAGGAGGAACAAGAGAAAGUUGAUAGAGAAUUUGAAGGAAUGGAGAACAUAGCAAAUGUGGAGUCAUUCAGUAAACCUGUUGAAAAAUCUGAACUUAUGUUAAUGAAUAAGAUCAAGAAGCAGUUUAAGAAAUCACCCUCAAAAGGUGGCUCCAGCCAGCGAGCUUUUUCAGCUGGUGCUACUGUUCAUGUUCUCUCUGGGCCUUUUGAAGACUUCAUUGGUUCUAUCCUGGAAUUGAAUCUCAAAAACAAGAAGGCCACUGUCCAGCUAACACUCUUUGGGAAAGAGAGCUUUGUGGAUCUAGAUUUUGAUCAAAUUGAGUCGGUUGAAGUGGAUGACAAUGAUAGUAACCUGUGAGUACGGAUAGCUUUUAUCAACACUCCAGGUCUCCAGCUGGAGACUCGGGUGAAUGAAACAGGGACUUCAGUGGGUGGACAGCGGACUGUUGAAGGAGAGAGUUAUCAACAAACAGUUAGCACAUGAGCUGCCGUCAAAAUUAACCUGAGGUACUGAAAUGCAAAUUUAUAAUAAUGGGGAUGCUGGAUUUGAGAAAUCAUCGACUUCCACUAGUUGCUCACAUUUGGCCUGAAUGUAAAAAGAUUUAAAUUUUGUCAGCCCUGUAGGUUAUUUAUUUCAUGUUUUAUUCUCGAGUAUUUGAACCAUCAUGCACUGUGCAUGUAGCAAUUUUCAAGUGCAUGUGCACUGGAAGACAAAAUUACUGAGUUUGUCUUCUACUAGUACAUAUGCACAUGGAAUUUGUCAUUUUUGUAUGGAUUUUAUAAAAGGAGUUUCCAUGUCAAUUUUGCAACAAGGUACAUC